AUGUUUAUGGUCAAGAAUUUCACCAAAUACCUCUUCGGCGACGGUUCAAAAGAGACAAUCAUCGACAUUCCCCAAGGCCAGCUGUAUCUGGUGCGACCGCUCUCGCCGAAAGGAUAUUCCGAGCUUAUCUACAAAGACGCAGUCGCCACAAUCCGCCGCACGGGCCAAGAUUUCCAGUAUCAGCUUGUCGUACAGCGCGCGUACGAGGAGGGUGAAGAAGAGCUCGGGGAAGAGGAACAAGAACCAGAUGCACUAGACCAGGAUGAAAAGACGUUCUUACUGGACGAGGCACUCCAUUUUCGAUCCGACAAGCGAGGUACUGAGCACGUCUUUGCUUGGAAGGACCUGAGUGGUGAUCCUGGCGACCUCUACGAGUUCAUUUGCGACCCUUCAAUUGCGGCAGAGAAGUCACAGACGUUCCAGCUAGCCGCUAUCGAGUGCCAGUACGAGCGUAAAUAUCGCAAGAAGGCUGAGUUCGCCACGGACGGGGAACUGCAAGAGUUUCAGUUCGACGAGGAGGAGUCAAUACCCAGAGCAACUUCGAUCUCGGAAGAGACUGGUCCGACCUCCAAAGAAUCAGCUGCUCAUAUGGCGAAAGAGGUUAAGCAGUCUAAGAAGAAGCCUAUUGCGGCGGCCAAUACCGCAGCACAGCGAACAGAGGCUCCAGCCGCUCAGCAAGCACCUACUCGGGGCGAAGUCAUCACCAAGAAGUCUGGCGAGCUACAUCUGUUCGACUUUGAGUCGGGUUCUUUCAACCUGAUGGAUUCACAAGUCGCCGUUGCAGUAUCCGACCUGGGCAACUGGAAAUACUGGCUGCAGAUCACAUCUUCGUCUGGUGAAGAACGGCUCGGUCAAGAAGUGUCUGCCGACAUGAGCCCAGUCUUCAAUUUCGAAUAUUUGUCCUUCAUCUGGAAUAACUACACGGAAGACGGCUCUGCUUACUCAUUUCUCCUACGGUUUAAAGAUCGAGAGCAGCUGGAAGACUUCCAAGAAGGUCUGAUGCAGGCACUUUGGGAGCAGUUGAACGAGCAGAAAUGGGGCAAAGUUAAGGACCAGGCCGAGAAGGACUAUGUGUUCGAAGCCUUCAACGAUCUAACCAUGGAUGACGCUCCGCCUACCGAGGAAGAGGAAGAAGAAUCGGAAGACGAAGAGGAAGACGAGCGCCCCCGCAGCGAGCACUACGACAGCGACGAGGCCGAAAGCGAUGUGGAAACUCGCGACAAGGACGGCAAUGUCAACUCUCAACUUGCUGUCGGCGCGAAGAACGACCGUUCGUAUGUCAUUCGCGGCUCCAAGAUCGGUGUUUUCAAACACCUGCCGAACAAACACCUCGAAUUCACCACCAACAUCUCCAAGAUCGAAACUCCGAAGGGAAAACUUUUCAGCCCUAAGAAGGUUAUGCUCCAUGCUGAAGACCAAAACAUGGUUCUUCAGGACGAACUCAACCCGAACUCCCUCUAUCGCAUGGAUCUCGAGUACGGCAAAGUCGUUGAUGAAUGGAAAGUUCACGAUGACGUUCCUGUCAUUGGCUUUGGUCCCGAGACCAAGUUCUCUCAGCAGACUGCUUCUCAGCCCUUUGUCGGGCACUCCCGCAAUGCUCUCUUCCGCCUCGACCCUCGUGUUUCGGGGAACAAGCUUGUCGAGUCUGAUAUGAAGCAAUACGCAUCCAAAAAUGACUUCUCCGCACAAGCAACCACGGAGAAAGGUUACAUUGCUGUAGCUAGCAACAAGGGCGACAUCCGCCUCUUCGAUCGUCUAGGUGUCAACGCCAAAACUCAGGUGCCAGCAUUGGGUGACCCCAUCCUCGGCAUUGAUGUAUCCGCUGAUGGUCGCUGGGUGCUCGGUACCUGCACGAACUACCUCCUCCUCAUCGAUACCUUACAGACCGAUGGCCGCUACGAGGGCAAGCUCGGUUUCGAGCGCUCCUUCGCCAAAGACUCCAAGCCCAAACCUCGUCGCCUGCAGCCGAGCCCUGAGCACAUUGCGCAGAUCCGCCACAUCACAGGGCAGCCUUUGUCGUUCACCCAGGCCAAGUUCAACGUCAGCCCUGAUGGCAAAGAAACCAGCAUCAUCACAUCCACAGGCCCGUACCUGGUGACAUGGAACAUGAAGAAGGUGCUGGAGGGCAAGAAAGAUAGCUACAACAUCAAAAAGUACGGCGAGAACGUCAUGGCGGACAACUUUGAGUACGGCAGCGACAAGAACGUCAUCCUGGCCCUACCGAACGAGGUCGAUAUGGUGAGCCGCAAGAGCUUCAAGCGCCCCACGCGGGAGAGCAUCAUGGCUCCGGGAUCGCGGCUGAGUGCGGGAGGUGUGCCGCAGACGCCGAGGCGGGGCGGUCGCCCGAGUCGGCUGCGGGACGAGGUUGUCAAUUCCCCUUACUAA